AUGGUCCAGUCCAUCUGCGAUCACCUGGGGCUGGAUGCAUCGCUGCCUGCGCCGCUCCGCGGCCUGGACAUUUUGGACGUCGGGUGCGGCGGCGGCAUCCUGGCAGAGUCGCUGGCCAAGCGCGGGGCGGCAGUGCUGGGCAUAGACGUGAACGAGGAGGGGCUGGCGGCGGCUCGGGCCCAUGCCCAGGCCGACCCCCGGCUGGCCAGCCUCUGCAGCUACCGCGCGACGACCCUUGAGGACCUGGCGGCUGCGGGGAACAAGUUUGACGUCGUCAUUGCCAGCGAGGUCAUCGAGCACGUGCGUUCCCUGCCGACCUUUGUGUCCAGCCUGGCAGAGUGCGCGCGCCUUCAGGCCCCCGUCCUGGUCACCACCCUGAAUCGCACCCCCGCCUCCUACAUGGCUGCCAUCGUGGGGGCAGAGUACGUUCUGCGCUGGGUGCCCAAGGGCACCCACCACUGGAGCAAGUUCCUGACCCCCACGGAGCUCACCCAGCUGUUCAGAGCACACACCCCUUUCCACCUCUGGCAGCUGGCCGGCAUGGAGUUCAACCCGGUCACCGGCACCUGGUCCCUGGGCACCAACACCUCCAUCAACUACGCUGCCUGCUUCACGAGGGCGGCGGCGAACGCACCCCUGGCCGAGGAGCCGGCGGAGUACCCUCCCCCCGAACAGUGA